UGAUGUUAUACAACUGACUCUUAUUGUUAAUUAACUGUAAUUGAACUAGCCCGUUUAGAUCUAAAGCGAAUGUUCAAAUGACUUGUCGUGGUUUAACUUGGAAAGAAAUGGAAUUUGUUUCUUUUAAAGCAAAAUCAAUGUUAACGUUUCUUGCUAUAAUUCAAGCUCUUUCAAUUGUACAAAUUUUUGCAAAUGAAAGAGUAAUAUCGACAUACGAGUUGGAAAAAACAACUAACGCUCCGCAGUUGGGUGCAUUUGUUAUUGCAAUACAAGAAAAGUCUUUGAUGUCAUGCACUUUCAAGUGUCAAAACUUGGACUGGUCAUCGUUUUAUUUUAUUGCACAUAAUUCAACAUGUCUUUGUGCAUCGGUUGAAAAUGAUACAGUAAGCAUUGAGGAUGUGGGCGCAGAUAUAAUCUAUGGAAUAAGAAAAGAAAAAGAGACAAAAUCAUACAUUACAGAGGGCAAUCAAACAGUGACACGAAUACACAAGCAACCAGAGCCAAUUGACUGUCUUGCGCUUCAUCACCAAGGUUACGCCGAGGACGGUGUGUAUGUGAUUAAACCAGCGGAAAAUACAUCUGCUACAAAUGUUUGGUGUGACAUGUCAAAUGGUGGAUGGACGGUAAUACAACGCCGACAAGAUGGAUCAGAAGAUUUUUACAGAGGAUUGGAAGAAUAUAAAAAUGGAUUUGGCAACAGAGUUGGCGAGUAUUGGCUGGGACUUGAAAACAUUUACUAUUUAACAAAAAACAACAAUUCACUUUAUAUAUACAUGGAAACAUUUCAGAAUGAUAAUAUGAAUCCGUUUUCUGCUUUUGCAGAAUUCUCCAUCUUCAGAGUUAAUGAUAAGAAUGAUAAUUACAGAUUGACAGUUGGCGGCUAUAAAGGCUCGUGCGCCGAUUCCAUGUGGUUUCAUAAUGGUUGUCAAUUUACAACCAAAGAUAGUGAUAACGACGCCAGGGACGACAACUGUGCAGUAGCAUAUAAAGGAGCUUGGUGGUACAACGCAUGUCACAAGGCGAGUCUAAAUGGAUUGUACUUGAACGGGGCACACAAAGAAUACGGAAACGGUAUAAUUUGGGCCGGAUGUUGGGGUCAAUACUACUCACUUAAGAUAACUGUUAUGAAGCUAAGAAGAAAUGACUGAAAUUUCAACAUAUUUAUGGUUGUUGUAUGGUUGUUGUAUGAACACAUUUGCGGAUGUUUCUUAAUUCAAAAUGCUUUUUUGUCACCAUUUUUCUUGUCUUAAUGCUGAAUUCUGCUGAAGCCAGCGCUAUGGGCUUGGAUAGUACUUUCCAGUGCCGUCCAUGAAAAAGCGGAAUCAAACCGAGUCAGCAUCUUUUCAAUUUUGUCGUUGGAGCGUUCUUUGGGAAUACCGUUUUUACUAUCAUAUUGUUUGAUUUCACGCAUGUGGAAUACAGAUUUUCAUGUAAAAUCCAUUAUUACGUCAGGCUUAAUGAUUUCAUACAAAACAUUAUAAAACGUAAUAUUUAAGGAAUAUGUGCUUUAUGUACCUGAUACAAUGCUCAGUGAACCAGUGGUAAAGGUGAUUAAACAGAAAAUCAUUUGCAACUCACAGUUCGAUUCCAUCAAGAUAUUUUGGAUUCGGGUGCUCAAUCGUGCCUGAAAUUAUACACGGAAGGGUACCCGAGAUCUUUCUCUACAAAAUGCCAUGAUUUCAUCAGAAUUCUGAUAAAGAUAGGUCUCGAGAGGGAGUUAUGAAAAUAAACAAGCUGAAAAUCAGUCUUGGGUUGUUUCAUAUCUCUUUUACAACUAGCACCGACUUGAAACUUUCCAUUAAACUACUGGUUUUUUCUCUGGUUUUUUAAACGAACAGUACAAAUUGCAUAAUACAUAACAAAAUGCUUAUAACAAGUACAUUUUAUAAAAAAAAAUACAUACGCACAAUCCUUGCAUACAGGACAUAUAAUUGAGUCUGUGUGAUUAUUAAGUCAGUGUAAUGGAUCAAGAGAUGUAAUUUAAUGUAUGCACGAGAGUUUCUUAUUGCAAGAAACCAACAAAUAAUCAUAAAAAAUUAUUUGAUAGUUUGAUAUUAAAAAGGAAAUUAAACUCAUUCAAAAUUGAAAGAUCAAAUAUAUAUUUAUCAGGGCAUAUAAUAAAUUGAUUUCGAUGCUUUGAUAAUAAGAAAAAAGAAAUUAUACAAAAUUCUAAAUUAAAAACACAUCAUAGGCCACACAGAAAAAUAUUAUAAUCUUCACAGCUUUAUGUGUAAAUUGCAUGCCUAUAAAUAUUGGGGUUUUCUUGUUGUUGAUAUUUGUGUCGUUGUUGUUGUCAUUGAUGUUGUUGAUACAAAUUUUCUUAAUAUAACAACAAGCUAUAUCUAUAUUUAUGUAUAUGUGUAAUCGAGAUUACUUUAAUAACGUUAUGGUUGAAUGUAAUAUCAAGUUUAAGCAAGGUAUGGAAUUGAAGGAUUAUUAUAGUAGUAUCUUGGUCUAUUACUUGUUUAUGGCUCUUUUGGCUUUGACUGAAAUAUAUCACACUUGGCGCUACCUUACCACGUGAGAUCCAAUCUUAUUAAAAUCAGUUCUAGUCAAAUACAUGCUCCUGAUCAAAAAACUGUCAUAAUCGCAUUAUAAUAUUUUGUGAUAAAUAUACCGUGCGAAGCAUUUAUUAUUUUGUUGUAGUGGACUUUAUAGUCAUUUGAUUAUACAAUUAGAAAAUUAUAGUAUUUGAUUGAAUUAAUGUAAUUGUGUAAAUGUGUUUAUCGGUUGUGUUUUCCAAAGUUUUGAGGACUUCUUGUCAGUCAUCUUUGAUAUCACUUAUGAAAAUGAAUGUUUAAGUGAAGAGAAGCGUACAAUGGUACUAAAAUAAUUGAUAUUGUACACAAGAGGGUAGAUCAAUAUAUACAGCUAUAUGGUCAACACAUUUAACAAAAGAGCAAAUAUUUUACAAAUAAAAAAAUGAAUUAAAAUAAAGUAGAGAGUUUUGGGUAUUUACAGUUUUAAAGAGUCUUAUAUACAAUGGCUACAUAAUAGCUUUGGUCACAAACGUCUUGCCGAAUAAUAUGAAAUAAGUAGAAAAUAAUCUUUGAUCUUUUGCGAGGAAAAAAAAUCUGGACAAAGCGUGAUACCUCGGAAGCAUCAAACACAACAACAUUAAACGGAAAUUGCAGACUCGGUAAGUGGAAACACAACAUCCUAUAGUUUGCGAAUAUAGUAAAAAUAUAGCCUUAAAUUUUAUUGUUUUUUUUUUUUAUUUUCAACCAUUAAAUUAUCAAGAUACGUGUGCUCAUACAAACAGUACGAUUAUUGUGUUAGUAUCAGAUAAAUGAACAUUCUUUCUUAUAAUCUUUAUAAUAUGUAAACAAAACAGGGUUGCUCCUAUAAUUUCAAGUUUACUUAAUGUUUACGAUUGGGUUGUAAAAUAUAUGAAAAGAAAUCUAAAUAAAUGAACAUGACAAAAAUUGUUCGACUCUUGAAAGAUUAUGAAUAUAGAUUAAGAUUUAAAGACAUAUAUGUAUACGAAUAUACCCGUAAUGUAUGCAUUACAUUGUUGUUGACGUCAUCAAAAUGCUUUUUUGUAACAUGUUAAUGAAAUUUGUAUGUUGAAUGUGCAA